UCCGAUCCAAUCCGAUUGGUUCCAAUCAUUUAGUUCUGGGGGGUGCACUGACCGGAGGGUAAUUCCGGCUCCGGCCAUUUCGUAAACCCUUCGCAAAUGGCCUCUCUGCUAUCUUCUUCUUCAUCUCUCCGGCACUUCCCUUCCAAACCACCACCAGCGCCACCGUGCUCAGCCGGCGCUCUAUUUCUCAACCUGCCGCGGCAAAGCCGAUCUCGUUUCAAAUGUUCGGCCAGUCAGUCUGGGUUCUUCGGCAAACUCGGCAGGCUGAUCAAAGAGAAGGCCAAGAGCGACGUCGAAAAACUGUUCUCCGGAUUCACUAAAACCAGGAAUAACAUGGCCGUCAUAGACGAACUUCUUCUCUACUGGAAUCUCUCCGACACAGACCGCGUAUUGGAUGAACUGGAAGAGGCUUUGUUGGUGUCUGAUUUUGGGCCAAAGGUUACAAUAAACAUCGUAGAAAGUUUGCGAGAUGAUAUAUAUGCAGGCAAGCUAAAAACGGGAAGUGAGAUUAAGGAUGCUUUGAAGAAGGGUAUCUUGGAGCUUUUAGCUAAGGCACCUAAAACAGAGCUCCAACUAGGCUUCAGGAAACCUGCCGUGAUCAUGAUUGUGGGCGUCAAUGGAGGUGGGAAGACAACGUCUCUUGGAAAGCUGGCCAAUAGAUUGAAGAAUGAAGGAGCAAAGAUAUUAUUGGCAGCUGGCGAUACAUUCAGAGCAGCUGCUAGCGAUCAACUGGAGAUUUGGGCCGAGAGGACUGGUUGUGAUAUUGUUUUUCCUGAAUCAGAGAAAGCCAAAGCUUCAUCAGUUCUUUCACAGGCUGUUAAAAGAGGGAAAGAAGAAGGUGUUGAUGUUGUUUUAUGUGACACGUCUGGACGUUUGCACACUAACUAUAACUUGAUGGAAGAAUUAGUUGCAUGCAAGAAAACUAUUAGCAAAAUUGUUCCAGGUGCACCCAAUGAAAUUUUGCUAGUGCUGGACGGAACAACAGGUUUAAAUAUGCUCUCACAAGCAAGGGAGUUCAAUGAGGUUGUCGGAGUGACCGGUUUAAUAUUGACAAAACUUGAUGGUACUGCAAGAGGCGGUUGUGUGGUUAGCGUGGUUGAUGAGAUAGGCAUUCCUGUAAAGUUUGUAGGUGUCGGCGAAGGAUUAGGCGACCUCCAACCAUUUGAUGCCGAGACUUUUGUAAAUUCGAUUUUCUCUUGAGGCAUUGGGUUAUCAGUGAAACAUACUUAAACAAGAAGAAAACCCCUUCGGUUGAGCACUUGGGCCUUUAGCCAUAAUGUUUGACCGUGUUUGUUAUUACCGGUCACCAAUUGUAUGGGUAAGGUCUGCAUACAUACGUUCUCCUCAGACCCUACUAUUGUAGGGUUUUGCCCGUUUGUUGGUGUACGCUUUGGGUAAUCGUCAUUGCACAUCGCACAGGUUCAACAUUGAUCCAUUCUCUUUCUCAUCUGGAUUAAAGGCAUAUACCCCCUGUGUUCCAUCAUAUAUGUACCAUGAUAUGAACAAUAGAGGACAUGCUUGUUUGGAUCCUCUAAUUAUUGUGUUUGGUUUUACCUCUUGUAACAACUAAUUCUAGAUUUAAAUUUCCUUCUAAGUUGUGGUAUA